AUGGUAUAUAUAUCAAAUGAAACUAAAUUUUGGGAAUUGGAAUCAGAAGUUCCUAGUUGGUUAAAAAAAAUUAUGAGUUAUCAUGAAAAAUUAUAUUCAGAGAAAGAUGAAGAGCAAAGGAUCAAAUUCUUUGUCCCUGAUGUACUCACAUCAAAAGAAUUUCUCAACUUAAAAGAUCAUCAUGUUUCUAAUGCACUCAACCUUAAACAUUCAGAAUAUAAUUGGACUAUAUUGGAGUCAUCAGUUGAGAAUUGCUUGAAGUCUUUGGGAAAAGUGAGUAAUUCAGUUGUUACAAUACCACAAAGCUUUCUAAUAUUUAAAUCAGAUAUUUUUAGUUAA